AUGCAUCGUCCGCUAAGAAACAGCAAUCGUGCCCAUGAAAAUGAAAAUCUGGAUGAAGAGGACGUGGUACAAGAGGAUGGUCUCACUAGAAAACAGAUAGAAGAGGCCAAUUACCUCAAUUCGAUUGUUAACAACGCUGAGCCAUCUGAAUACUUUGCCAAACGUGCAUCUCUUCGUGAAGCUUAUCAGGAUAUAUGCAGUCAAUUCGAAGGAGAACCUGAAGUUGAUAAGGAAGACAGUUCGCUGGUGAUUGAAAAUCUCAAGAAGUCACUCGAUGAUGUUGAUCGCUCCUUUCAGAAUAUUGGAGCUGGAGGCAAAGAACUUGCUGCAGACGCCGAAACGUUGUUGUCUAUGGCAAAAACCUUAAAGACCCAAAUACAGUCACUUCAAAAUGCGAAUGCCGAGAGGAUUCUUCACAUGACUUCACAGCCACAAUGCAGAGCACGAUGCACUUCAGUUGACGACAACCCUUUGCUAAUAGAAGACACAGAAAUUGAUGGAACGGGUUCACUUCCUGAAGCUUACGAAACACCUAACAAUCCAGACCAGCCAGGAAAAGCGUUUACUCCACCGAAGAUAAGCCUCGAUCAAUGGGCAUGGUUUUGUCGUCAGAACUACGGGACCUUGACGUACGAUGUAUCAUUUAACUAUCAGUCAUUACGACCAGUUGUGUCUAAUGAUCAAGAGGCAGCUUCUCAAGUGGUUUCUAAGAAGGAACAAAUAAAGAGGAAAAAAGAUGUUAAGGAGGAAGCUGUUGUGCUCACAAACAAGCAGUUAGGAUGUAUUGAUGAUGAACUUUCUGUGGCCGAAGAGUUGGACAAGGUACGGAAAGGACUGAAGAGAGCAUGGGAAGAAAAUCCUUCCAGCGAUUUCUAUUCAUUUGUGGUGGAUCCCACGGACUUUGGAAAAACGGUAAUGCAAGCUUCAUUUGAAUUCUGA